UCCAGUAAUCAGUUCAAAACUUUCUCUCCUUUCAAGAUGAAGUACCUUUUCGUAGUUGCCCUGAUCGUCCUGGCCAUCCAGUUGGCGGCUGCUGCUUCUGACAACACCACCUCGUCUGACAACACCACCACCACGACAACCGAUGCCACCACCACGACCACCACCGACGCCUCGGCCUCCACCACAACGACCACCGAGAAACACCGCAAGAAGCUCUGCUGGAGAGGCAACGACUGGUGCGGAACUUUCAUCCCAAGGAGGAGGUGCAGGAAUGGCAGGUGCCACAGGAUCAGGGUUACUCGCAGGAAAUCUGCCUAAAUUUUGGCCAUUCAAUUUUUGAAUAAAUGAUUAAAGCAAAGCAAA